CGGCCACCACUGAGGAUUGUGCAAUUGUGGUACAUCCGUUAUUGUUUUUAUUAUUUAUGAGUAUAAAUGAAAUUGUGAAUUAUUUAGAAUAAACUUUUAUGAUCAUAGUUUAGCGCCAUUAAAAAUCAAAGUAUAGAAUCUGCAGAUCUUUUAAAUUAUUUUCAUCAGUCUUCAUUAUAAACAAUAUACAUAAUGAGAUAUGCUCAAUUGGUGAUGGGACCUGCUGGCAGUGGAAAGGUAGCCAUAGAAUGUACAUAUAUUUUUAGACAAUUAUAAUAUAUAUAAUUGGGUAAGUUACCCACGGGAAUGAGAUAUUUACAAGUAACAAAUUAACUUGUUAAUUGGUUCUUCCAUUAUGACGUGAAAGAAGAACCAAUAACAUACUUAUGUAUUUAUAAUAUUAAAUGGCUAUUUGUAUAUAUAAGUAUAAAAAGCUAUAAGAGCUAUAAAAGGUAAAGUAUAAAAGCUAGCUUUUUAAAAAAUAUGACUGAAUAGAAAAUCAGUUCUUCACUUAUUCAGACAGCUAUAUUUUAACAACAUAUUACGAUCCAGAAUAUUUCACAUGGUACAGUGUUUAGUGAUAGAUGUAUUUGCAUUUAACAUUUCAGUUUAUAAAAAAAUGUGCAAGAUAAGUUGCUCCCCAAUAUAUACCUAAACAUUAAUACAUAAAAAAAAUUAAUAAUUUCUGAAAAAAUGUAGAUAUUUAAUAAUUUAAGUACCAAAUAUCUUACCUAAUAUAUUAUGUUUAGUCCACAUAUUGUUCUGCGGUAUCACAACAUAUUGAAAACGAAAAAAAUUCGGUGAUAGUUGUUAAUUUGGAUCCAGCAGCUGAACAUUUUGAAUACACACCAACGGUUGAUAUUCGUGAAUUGAUUCAUAUUGAUGAUGCUAUGGAAGAUGAAUUACUACAUUUUGGACCAAAUGGAGGAUUGGUAUUUUGUAUGGAGUGAGUGAUUCUCACCUAACCUCAGUGAUAUUGAGUGAGAUUUUGAUUUUAAUUUUUAUUAAAAUAUUUUUAAUUUGUAUAGAUAUUUAAUAGAAAAUCAAGAAUGGCUUAAAGAUCAGUUGGGCGAUGAUGAUGACGACUAUGUUAUUUUUGAUUUGCCUGGACAAAUAGAACUAUAUACUCAUAUGAAAACUGUGAAGCAGUUGGCAGAAUUACUUCAAAACUGGGGAUUCAAUGUGUGUUCUGUUAUGUUAAUUGAUUCCCAGUUUAUGGUUGAUGGACCCAAGUUCAUUUCUGGUAAUAUUAUUGUUUAGUUUGUAUAUUUAUAUUUAUUUGGGUAUUGCUUAAAUAUUAUGCUGUAUCCAUAUUAAACAAAUGCUUUGCCAAUAAUUUGUCAAACAAUAUUUCAAAUGAAAAAUGCUGGUUUUGUACAAUUUAUUUGUUUGCUUAAAUAUUUGCCCAACUAAUUAUUGUCAGUUGUGAUUAUGCUGUAUCUAGAGCAAGUAAUGUGUGUUGGAUCAAAUACCACAUAACAAUUAAUCGUCUUAUGUAAUCAUAAUAGCAUUUGAAAUAAAUAGUAUUUUGGACUUAUUAUUUGUAUGCAUAUUACAAAUCAUUAUUUAAUGAAAUACCUAAUUAUAUUUCCAAAAAAAAUAUACGCCAAUAUGUUUGACUUUGUGAGAGAAAAUUUUUGUUUAUACUUGAUGAACAAAAUUAUUUUUAAAUUUGUACUUGUACAUGCCAAACAUAUUUGUUUGAUAUUUUGGCUGCUUAUUAAUUGUUUGUUAGGUGUGGAUGCAGCUUUAAUUGAACUUUAAGUAAUCCUGUUUUGUUAACAUUUUAAUUAAGAAGAAUAAUUAGAAUAUUUUAUUUUAAUAUUAAAGUUAAGUAUUUCAUAAAAUUUUUCUCUAUUUAAAAUAUUUUAAAUUAUGCUUUGGACACCUGAAGAAGUCUGAUUUAUCUAAGUUUUGAUAUUGAAUCACUCUUUGAAAUUUAUAUGUUACCAUUAAUAUUUGAAAAUAAUCUACUGAUACUGGUAAAUGCUGAUAUUUAGCAAGUUAAAAUUUUGAAUGAACUCAAUUUGUAUAAUUUUUAAUAAUUUUGUCAUUCAUUGGUGAUAUGAUCAUUGAUGUACACAAAAGACAGUUGGUGUAUGUUGAAAAAAAAUUCAUCUAAAAUAUGUUGUGUGUAUUGACAUUCACUACUGAAGGAUUUAUUUUGUAUAUUCUAUAAAAUAUAUUCAAACAUUCACCGAUGAUUUUCACAGUUGUCAAUAUCUACUGGUUUACUUAUUCCAAUUUUAGACAUUCACGGUAACAUAAAUAAAGCUUAUAUAUAAAGAAUUAAUAUUAAUAUAAUUUUAGGUACAAUGGCUGCUUUAUCAGUCAUGAUCAAUUUAGAAUUGCCGCACAUUAAUGUUCUUUCAAAAAUGGAUUUAUUGAGUAAAACAGCUCGAAAACAUUUGGACAGGUAAAUAUUUAAUUUGUACUGUUUGUUUUUAAUUUAUGUGUAACUAUUUUUUAAUGUAGUUAUCUAGAACCAGAUACUCGUGCAUUGCUCUCUGAUGUAAAAAAUAAUACAACAUGGGGAAAAAAAUAUCGACAUUUAUCUAACCGCAUUGGUCAGAUGAUUGAAGAUUAUAGUCUUGUACAAUUUGUACCGUUAAAUAUAAAAGAUGAAAACAGCAUUUCUGAUUUACAACUUACUAUUAAUACAAUGAUUCAAUAUGGAGAAGAUCAAGAUGUUCGUAUGACUGAUUUUGAUCAGCUAGAUGAAGAUGAUACAGCAGAAGGUGCUGAAAGUUAUGAUUAAAAUACACUUUUGUAAGCUUACCUUUUAUUUUAAUUGACGUUAAUUUCUAAAGUAUUUGUAAGAUUGUAUUCAUUUAAUGUUAUGUUUGUAAUAAUAAAGACUGAGUGUAUUGCUAUUACCAUAUUGUCAAAUUUAUUAUACAAUAUAUAUUA